AAACUUAUUCAAAGUCAAAAUAAUAAGGAAAAUAUUUUCCAUCAAUAAAACCCUAUUGGUAACAAAUAAAGCCCACAAACAAUUCUUGCCGCUCCCGCUUUUCAAAUAGAGAAAUCAAAGCCACGGUCUUUACAUUUUCAGCAAUUCUUUUCAUAAAAAACCCAGAAAAAAACUCGGAGAAAAUGGAGUCCAUAACUUCAGCAGUAGAGAAAGUAAAAGGGCUCGCUCAGGAAUUCGUUAAAGGCCGCGAAUCUUCGUCUCGCCGCAAACCGGUUGAAAUCUUGAAGCGGCUACAGCGAGAGUCAUUUUCUGAAUUGAUGAAACUCCGAGACCGACAAGAGAAAGUCGAGCGUUUACUUUCAUUUUACAAAGCAUCAAAGACGAAUCCAUUCCAAGAAUCAAAUACCCUUUUGAGAGGGGAAGUUGAUCUUCUUGGAGCCGUAUUGUUAAUGUCCAAGGUUGAUGAGGAACAUUGGGAUGGGGUUGAUCGGGCAGGAAUCAGAACUGGGGUUGAUUCCAGGUUUAGAUUUGAAACAACUGUUAGGGAUAAAGAUUCUGUUGGGGUUGAGUUUGUGGCUAAUCAGAAAAGUGUUGGAAGUAAUGGUGGUGAUGUAUAUGGAACUUCACUUUCGCUGUCUAAGUUGUUUUAUAAAGCAAAUGCUGGUGAUUGGUUUUCUGCUAUCGCAAUUCCAUUUGGAGCUCAGUUUAGAGAUUUGGGUCUUGCCUCAGACUUUUCCCGUCAGGAGGAAAAGGGCCUCACUGAUUUAUCAUCUGGGCCACCCCUGUUGCAUCAGCAUAAUGGAGGUGCCAUUGGGGUGACAGUGAGAAAGUCAAAUAUCAUUGCUUCGCUGGCUCAAUCUGUCUCUGGCAUGAGAAAUGAACAUUGCUUCAGUACUUUUGGACAAGUUGUUUAUCAACUUCCAAUAGGAUUGAAAUUCUCAUUUUUAGGCCUUCACCGAGGGCCUAAAUUGGCAAAUCGUAAUGUCCACAUUGGAGCCCUUGCUAUUCCCGUUGGAUUUUCUAGACAUGUUGAAGAUGAUGAUACAAUGGGUGAACCAUCUUCUCCACCUUUGACUACAAACACCCUGGAAACGGGAUCUAUUGCCCUGAAGCUGGAGUCAGAACUUGAUGAAUACGGAAGACUUGCAGGUUGGAUUGAAAUGAAACAAGCAAAUCCAAAACAUUUACAAUGGGCUGUCAAUUUCUCUGAUUUUUCUGAAGAUGCAUUUGGCUGGGGUAUGAGUCUUGGUGGGAUUGUUGAAGGUCCAAGAAACUGGGACCACUUUCAGGUUGAAUCCUAUGUAAAAUUUAACCCAAGUAAGAGAUUUAGCUUGAAGCCAGGCGUUGCAUAUAUUGUAGAUGGAAAUUCCCGAACCCUGGCCCUUGUUCUUCGGUCUAACUGGUCCCUCUGAUUACCACCGUUCCUGAGGUAGUAUCUUUUUAAGAGGUUCUGUUUUUUCUGGAAGGCCAUACAUUUUGGGGUAGUUCCCUUUUCUCUUCAGGUGUAUACUUGUUGGAGCCAUUGCCUUUUUCGGUCUUAGAUAAGAACAUGCUUUUCUGGAUAUACUCCAUAUAGAUGUCAAGAUGUCAUUGCAAUCUCACAUGCAAGUUACUGUCAGGAACUCAGGAUAAUCUCAAGACUUUUCAAGUUUGAUUUGUUAUGCUAAUGAGACAUUUGAGAAGGUUGCAAUCUUGAGCAUUGAAGCAUAUAUGAUCUUGCACCUAAUGAAUCAUCAAAAGUUCAAUCCCAUUGGAGCAAACAUAUUGUUCAUUUGAUCAGCCAUUUGAAAUUUCUUGCCUGCCCUGGGGCCUCCUUGUUGGUUCAUACUGUCAUUUAAUUUCUCUGGGAUCAGUCGUUAGUUAGUCCUUGUGUCAGGAAGCUAAUUUGCUAAAGUUCCUCAAAUUUUUAUAUGGUAGAACAAAAUUUGAGGUUUAUGCUCAGAGAUUGACCUUUACUGGUAUACUCGGAAGAAAUCAAAUCUUUGUGACAAAAAGGGCUUAAUAAUGUGCUUGUUAACACGGCAAUGCAGUUCUUUCUAAUGCCAAUCUGUUGGAGAAAGUAAUCAGUACAUGCAAUCUGGGGAAAUAUAAGGUCUGAUUCAAGAUUACCAAGUAUUGGUAGGAGGCUAUAAGUCAAGGUACUAGGUUUUCACUUUUACCUUGUUGCUUGAGGAAUUUUAGUUCAGGUAUUAUUCACCCAUAACUCAUCACAUAUGAUUUCAAGUUUGUAUCAGCUUUGAUACCAUGCUAUUUAUUACCCUGCAUGUGAUUAUUAACUGGUAAUUCUACCAGGCACCCACAUCAUGUUCUUAAAUGUUGUGAUAAAUGUUGCAACAUUUUGUCUCUUACGGGAGCGAUUGUGGUUGACACUUAAUAGCAAUACAAUGAAAAAUAAAAUCUUCAUAUCCUAAUUUCAACUAACAAAUAAUAAAAAGUUGUUUUGUCUCCAAAGCCAGUCCAGUUGGUGCUUUCUAUUGUCAUUUAUUCUUACUCUAGGAGCUGGUGGCACUAGCCCAUGUUGCUUGAUCAUGUUCUAAUCAUUUGCUUACAAUUGAGGGGAUCUUGCAGAGCUGCUUCAACUGGUAUUGUGAUUUUAUUACUGUGGUAGUUUAUAUUCAAUAUGAUCCUUGAGUUCUUCUUUGCAUAAAAGACAAGUCAUAGUGUCACGGACUUAAGGAAGAAUAGUGUCACGGACUUAAGGAAGAAUUCUGAAUCCCACAUCGAACAUAAUAAGAAGGUCACUAGGGUAUAAAAAGGUUCACACCACCUCUGCCUUGUGAGGCACUUUUUGUAAGACAAAACCGUGAGGUCAGAGGAGGCCAGAGCGGAUAAUAUCUCACAAGGGUGUGAACCAUGGUGGUUAGGUUGAUUCGGGAUGUCUGAAGGGUAAAUGCCCGGGUCUCGGAGUUGCACGGGUUCGAAGCUUAAGUCUCGACCUGUGACAAAUGGUAUCAGAGUCAGCUCUAAACCAUUCGAUUCACGUCAAGCACUUCAAGGGAGGUAAGCAGGGUGGUUAGCCUCCGUGAUGAGGCUGUCACGAGGUUAAGUGCGGAAGAAUGUCACGGACCUAAGAAAGAGUCCUGAAUCCUACAUCGAACAUAAUAGGAAGGUCACUAGGUGCCUUGUGAGACGCUUUUUAUAGGAUAAAACCGUGAGGUCAGGGGUAGAGCGGACAAUAUCUCACGAGGGUGUGAACCGUGGUGGUUAGACUGAUUUGGGAUGCCGGAAAGGUGAAUGCUCGAGUUUCGAAACCGCGCGAGUUCGAAGCUUAAGUCUCGACCCGUGAUAAUAGUGACAGCAUGGAGGAAAGAUCAAUCACCUCACGUUGCCACCGUAGGAUUCAGAUGGAUACGACAAUCCCAAAGGUUAAAAGCUGAAUGCAGCAACGUAGAAACCAAGGUAUGGAGUAAUUGAUGAUACGUAUGACAUGAUACUAUAAUUGGUCAGUUGUAAAAUCUUAGUAAAGCAGUCUAAUAAUCGAGAAUAUAUAUAUAUAUAUAUAUGUAUGUAUGUAUAUAUAAAGCAGCCGACUCUUAACAAUUAACAAAUGCUACUCCGUAUAGUAUACGUAGGUGACGGUUUGGUGCCUCACCAUUGUCCCUAAGGAGGCAUUUUGUAUUUGAGGAC